GCCGCCUCCUUUGACAGAGACCGUUGAAAAGCUGCAAGGCGAGGGCAGAUCUCGCAGAGGGAGAGAGCGGGCGGUUGAUCAGCCUCCCUGUCCGGCCAGCGCCAGCGUUGAUGCCCGGGAAAGUGCUCGCCCCGACACUGCUCCCUGUUUAGGCAUCUUCUGCCCUCCAGCUGAAGGCGGUUGACAAGCGGGGGAAGGCCGGGAAGGAGAGUGAAAUCUGGGAGCAGUUGCAGGUGUUGCCCAUCGUGUGCUAUGGGAUGGAUGAAGUCGAGCAAGAUAGGUAUGAGGCAAGGCUGAAGGAGGUGUUUGACAGCUUCGAUACCAUUGGCUCUGGGUCACUGGGCCGCGAGGAGCUGACUGACCUCUGUCAUAUGCUGCAGUUACAAGAAGUUGCUCCAGUGCUGCUGCAGACCCUCCUUCAAGAAAAUCUCUCCGGCAGGGUACAUUUUGAACAAUUUAAAGAGGCACUGAUCUUUAUUUUGUCGACUACUAUUGAAGGAAAUUUCUCAGGGGAUGACAAUUAUCAAGAACUAGAUUCCACCGAGGUACAGCCAAAGUAUGUCAAGGAUGGAAAACGAUAUGGACGAAGAACGGCGCCAGAAUUUCAGGAUUCACUGGAGGAAGUUACUGGCACAGCACCAAAGUCCGAUGGACGGCAGCCAGAACACAAUCCUUCUGGGGAUGAUAUUGAGAACUGGAAAGCUUCCACUGAAAGGGAAGAAUACGAAGCUGAAGGUCAGUUGGGAUUUUGGAACCCGGAUGACGUGACUACUUCUCAGUGUGUGUUUGGUGCUGGUCCCAAAUGGAUUGAAGAACGACUUCAAAUGGUUUCUGAAGAGCUUGGAGUCACCAAAGACAGUUACCUGAGCAGCAAAGAGUUGAUUUCCAUAUGUGAUCAAUGUGGGCUUCAGAAUGUAGAUGCAGAGGUCCUGGAUGACAUAUUUCAAAACCUAGAUGAAGAUGGAUUAAUGCGUCUUGAGGAUUUUCUUCAUGAAAUCUUAAAAAAAUCAGCACCUUCUUCUGCUUCUACUCCUUAUAGGCAAUUAAAGAGACAUCAUUCCUUGCAGCCUUUCGAUGAGAGUGGACGGCGCACUGCUACCCCCUCUGCCAUGACCAGUACUAUUGGUCAUCGUCUAUUUUCAUGUUUGGAUGAUGGGACAGGAUACACCUCAGCAGAUCAGAUCUUGGAUGCCUGGCAAAAUGAAGGAAUUGAAAAUGGCCUCGAAAUUCUAAAGACCUUGGAUUUUGCUCUGUAUGGGAAGGUCAACCUGUCAGAAUUUACCCUGGCUUUGGAGAACGAGCUUCUGAUAACAAAGAGCGGAAUCCACCGAGCUGUUCUGGCCAGCUUCAAAAAUGAGAUUAGACACUUAAUGGAGCGUGUUGAUCAAGUUUUAAGAGAAAAAGAGAAACUCCGAACGGAUUUAGAAAAGGCUGAGAAGUUGAAAAACCUAAUGGCCUCAGAGGUGGACGACCGCCAUGCUGCUAUCGAACACCUCAAUGAAUGCAAUCUCCGUAAAUUAGAGCAAGAAUACAAGAACCGUCUCGCUGCUCUGAAGACAGAUCUAACCAAAGAAAAGGACCAGAUUUUUCAUCAGGCCAAUAAGCAAAGAAUAGAACUUGAAAAAGAGGUUGAAAAAGUGAAAGCAGAGGAAGGAUACAUCAGGGACCGACUUACUCUAACACUAAAGGAAAACAGUCGGCUGGAGAAGGAGCUUUUAGAAAAUUCAGAGAAGCUGUUUGAAUCUGAGAAACUAACAAAGAAGCUGCAAAAGAAUCUGGACACCAUUUUGAAAGAUAAGUUUGGAGACCUUGAUCCAACAACUGCUGAAUUCUUCUUGCAUGAGGAAAGAUUUGCACGAAUACGAAAAGAAUAUGAACAGCAAUUUAGAGAGCUCCAGGACCGGAUUGAUGAGCUCCAAUCAGAACUACAAGCAUAUCAGAUACAAGGGAAAUGUUUUAAACAGUUGCUAAGAAGUUCUUUGGCUGAGGAAAUGGAGAGCAAGAAUGAAAUAGGAGACUAUGAUCCAGCUUUUGAUCCCGAGGAAAGCAAUCCACUAAACAUGAGUUUGGAAGCAGAAAUGGCCAUUGAACAAAUUAAAGAACAACAUCAACAGGCAGUUCAUAAUUUGAAGGCUGAAUUAGAAGCAAAGAUAAAUUAUUAUGAGGCACAAAUGGAAGAAUCAAAAGUAAAAUAUGAAGUAGAGAAAGAGGGCGUUAACCAGGUGCACAACAGAGAGAUUUCAAAAAUGCAAGUAGAAAUUAAAGAACUCAGAAGUCAUAUUUCAUAUCUUCAAGGAGAAAUUGAAACCCUUCAAAAGUUACAACAUUCAAUAGAAUGUAAACAUAGACAAGAAAAGAAUGAACUGCUGGAUAAAUUUAAUGUAGAGAAAGCACAACUAGAGAAGCAGUUGAAGCAGGAACAUGAAGAAACAACCCGGAACAAAAUGGAAGAAGCAAUCCAGUCUUUCUACAAAGAGAAGGAAGAAUUAUUAUGUAAGCUGAGUACUACUGAGGCACAAGUGGAGGCGCAAAGAAGAGAACUGAAGGAAGCAUUUGUAAAGGAAAAAAUGGAGCUCAAGCAGGUCUACUCCAGACAAAUUUCUGAGAUUACAGAAAACCUUCAACAAGAGAAAGAGGGGUUACAACAGAAUCUUCUGCAUCAGAAGCAAAAUGAGCUGCUGCAGCAAAGGAAAAGUAUAGAAGAUGACUUUAACCAGAGGAUUUCUGAGAUGGAAGCCCAGUUUGCAAAGGAGCAGCAAACAUUCAAAGUUAAGCUCAAAGCAGAAACUUGUGAGCUUCGAGAAAAAUAUCAGCAAGAACUGCAGGAUCUUGAAAAGCAGCUUUAUGAAGAGAAAGGCCAGUGGGAAUUUGAAAAAGAGGAGCUUUUACAGGAAAAUGAAGAAGAAAAAGAAAAACUUAAGGCAAUGCUGAUAGAUGAGAAGGCUCUGUUUUCUCAGACUUUAGCUGAGGAGAGAGACAGAUUAGAGAAAACCUACAAAGAAGAAUUAAAUAAAUCAGCUUUUAAACAACAGCAGCUUCAGAAGGAACUAGAAGAAUUAAAAGAUGAUGCCUCUAAAAAAGAGAGUAUUUUGACAAAUGAGAUUAUCAACUUAAGGAAGGAAUUACAAUUACAGAAGAAAGAACAAUUGGUUAUGUCUCUAGGGAAGGCAGAUCACUCCAUGCCAAAUUCUAAGAAGGUAGAAUCUGAGAAUGAGGAAAAAAUAUUGAAAUUGGAGAAAGUCAAAUUGGAAGAAAAAAAUGGGAUGACUUCUAAUCAACUUGGGAUUUCACAGGAGGAAUCUGAAACAAUGAAAGAAUGUUUUUCCGAAGUCUCUGAUCUGCAAGAGAGAAAUCUGGAAAAAAACAUAGACCCCUUUGGUGAGGAGCAGCAGGUUAAUUAUGAAACAGGGGGAGAGGAUAAAAAGAUGAAAGGUAGAAUUUCUCAGUCAGGGGAGAUAACUCAGCUGAAAGAAGAAAGGAUGCCCCUGUCAAAAGUAUUACAUGAGGAAAUUAGGACGGAAAAUGCAGAGUUAAGCACUGAAUUGUUGGAACAAAAGGAAAGUAUAGAGGAAUCAAAAGUUGAAGCAGCAGAAUGCUUAAGCCUGCAGGAAGCUAAUUACUUACUUAAGAGAGAAAAAGUGGAAUUAAUGAAGGUAAACACUGAACUUCAAGAAAAGGUUGAGAUACUACAAGGUAAGGUUACAGCUCUUUCACAUUCAGAGGCUGUGUGUAAGCUUUCUGAGAAAGAAAUCAGAUUAGAAAAUUCCAAUCUGAAAGAGAGAAUAAAGGAACUAGAGGAUAAAGCAUUGGAUGUCUCAGACUUGCGGAAAACUAUCGAGUUCUUUCAGAAUGAAAAGACUGAAAUUAUAAGCAGAAAGCUGGAACUUCAAGAAAAAGUCGAACAAUUACAAGAGCGAGUAGAAGUUCUUAAAAAGGGGCAGGAAGAGUCUGAGAAAGAGUUAGUAGAAGCAAGGUCGCAAAUUGUUUCUUUGCAAGACAGUGAAGUGGCAUUGGAAGAAAAAACUUUGCAGCUCUCAAACUUACAGAAAUCUUUUGAGUUGUUUAAGAAUGAAAAAAUGGAAAUGGAGAAGGAAUGUGUAGAACUUAAAGAAAAAGGUGAACUGUUACAGGACAAAUUAAAGGUUCUUGCAGAUUUAGAAAGAGCACACGAAGUAUCCAAGAAAGAAGUAGCAAGAUUAAAGGCUCUGAACACAAGUCUGCAAGAAAGAACCAAAUACCUGGAAGAGAAGGUUGUGUCCACUUCAGAACUCCACAAUCGAAAUUCUCAAAUUGAAAAGGAGAAUACUGAAUUAAAAGUUGUUGUCUCCACACUGCAAGAGCAACUUGAUCAGCUGCAUACUCGAAUGCAGAGUAGUGAAUCUGAAGUACUCGCCGAUAGGAGUGAUAUAUGGAAAGAUCAAAAGACCACACCAAAGGCGGACAAAGAAGACUAUCUGUCGAAGAUCCUAGAAAUGAAUGAAGCACAACAGGAGUUAAUGCAACGAGUGGAGAUUUUGAUUGGAGACAAACUAAAUGCUCAGAAAAUGAUAGAAGUUCUGAACAAGCAGGUGUUGGAGCUGACAUCCCAGAACCAGCAGCUGGACUCUGAGAAUGAGGACUUAUGCCACAAAAACUCAAAGAAUCAAGCUGACGUACUGGAACUGAAGCAGAGAUUGGCUGAACUAAUUCGUCAGAAGGAGAAAAAGGCAGGGAAUUUACAAAAGCAGGAAGAUGAAAAAAAUUAUUUAAUGCAAGAAAAUGAAAAUAACCAAUUCUGCAAAUAUAACAAACUGGAAGAUGAGGUUACUGCUUUAAGACACAAAAAUGAAAAGUUGAUCAGAGAGAAAGAAACAUUGAACGAUGAAGUGAACCGAUGCAUUGAAAAGAUUGCCAAAAUGAACAUUGUGGAGGUGCAGACUGAAAAUUUCAGACAAGAAUGGCAGAAUUCACUACAAGAAGUUCAAAAAUUAACUGCCCAGCUAAAUGCAUCACAAGAACAGGUACAGAAUCUGGAAGAACGUUUACAAAAUUUCAACCUCCAGACAGCAAAACUGAAAUCAGACUUCCGGGUAGCUCAACAGGAAAAGGAGGCAUUGAAAAAGGAAGUGAUGUUGUUGCACAAACAGCUACAGACUACCAAAGACAAGAAUCAGGAGCUGGAGCUUAAUUUGCAUUCUGCAGAUUUCCAACACCAGCAGAAAAAGUUCUAUCAGGAUGAUCUGGCUCAGCUGGUGGAAGAAGAACAGAGAUUACUACGGGACAAAAAUGAGAGGCUGCAGAAAGAGGAACAGCACAUAAAAGAAGAGCUGCACAUUGCCAGGGAGAAGAUCAAACAACUGGAAUCUGCAGUUUUAACACUGAAACACCAGAAACACUACACAAAGUCUACCUUACUUAAAGCUGCUGAACAGGAAAAACUAUGCAUGAAGAGAGAAUACGAUCAGGUUCAGAAAGAUCUCGCCAGGAAGACAAGUCUGAUGUCCUCAUUUGAACAUGAACUGAAAGUCCUUAAUGUAGAAAAUGAGAUGCUGCGACAGAAACAAGCUACCCUAGAAAGCCAAUUAUUGGAGACUAAUGAAAAGCUGCUACAAUCAAAUUCAAACCUGACACUGAGCCAGACACAAAAUCUUCAAGAACUUCAACAAGUGCGGGAACGUAUCUGCUCCAUGGUGCCUAAAGAGCAACUAGUACAACUUCAGGAAUGGCUGAAUCUCAAGGAAGUUCAGUGUCAUCAACUGCAAGAUCAGUUGGACGCAAAAGCCGCAGAAAGCAAUACUCAGCAGGAGGCGUAUGAACAAUUGCUAGAAAAGAUGGAGGAGAGGAUGCAAGAUGUUGAAAAUAAGUUAAGAAACCUUAAGUUGCUUCUUCAGGACAAGGUCUAUCAACUGAAGGAACAACUGUCAAAGAACAUUAAAGUGGAUGAAAUAGUAAAGGAUUUGUACAUUGAAAAUGCCCAACUCCUCAAGGCCCUUGAAAUGUCUGAACAAAGACAGAAGACAACAGAGAAGAAAAACUACCUGCUUGAAGAAAAUAUUGCUGGCCUUAAUAAAAUAAUCAAGGACCUAUCUGCACCAUCGUUGUCUGCAACCUCGAAUUGUUAUUCAUCUUAAUGCUUUCUAUAAGUAAAGUACCAAGAGCUGCAGUACAAAGAAGAACAAAGCUUGAACACUAAUGCACUUUAUGGAUUGAAUAUUUAUUGAGUGCUUACAUUUUCCAGGACUCCACUAUGUUAAGGAUUACAGAAAGGAAAAGGCACUGAACAUUACGUACAUAAUAAUGCCCUAGUGACAGUUGUUUGAACUGUUUGGAAUACUUCAAUCUUCAUUAUUUAAUUUCCAAAGGAAAGUUUGCAUUCAAUGAUAAACUGACUCUGGAUAAAACUGCUGUCUGUGAGCGGGAUAUCUGGUUGCUUAGUUUUCGAACAUUUUAGGCCAAAGACUAAGUACUGUAACUGGGGAGAGAAGAGCCAAUUAAAAGCAACUACUGUUUUACUAUGGCAAAAAAAAAGUGUUUGUAAAUAUGGACAACUUUGCCUUUUGUUUUAUCCAAAGUAUUAAUGGUGAUAAUUUAAAUGUAAAGUAUGCAUUUUUUUUAACUUAUACAGUUUGUAAACCAGAAUAUAAAUGUGGUGCAAUGAAGACGUUGAUGUAUUCUUGAGAAAAAAAAUGUAUGUAUUGAUAUUUAAAAUUAUACUAUGCAUAACAAUCAAAUCAAACCAGUUAAAGUAUUAAUGUUAACAUCUUCUGGAAAGCCCAUUAACAUGUAAAAUUUCAAUAAGGGUCGUAUUAUCUAAUAUUUAAUUUUGUACAAAAUAAACAUUAUUGCAUACAGAAAACAAUAUUUCCUUCAUGCUGACUGGAACAAUGCAAAUAUGUUGUAAGUUAUGCAUUGCAAUUGAAUUCAUUCACACAUUGCUAAAAAUCCAGUGCAUGUUCCUACACGGUCUCACCAAAUUAAACCAGUAAUUAUUCCCAUGAAUGUAAUAUUGUUGUAAUUUAGAUAUAUAAAAGCAAGCAUUCUUCAGAAUCACAAAAACCAACUUGAAUCAGGCUUCCAGCCAGAUACAGGUAUCAUUUGUAACCAAUGUUUCAAUGACAAGCUCUGCCACCUUCUCAGCAAUGGGCACGUCUAGUUCAGUGGCAUUUAUAUCCCCAUAGUCCAUCCCUCCUGAUUGGUUAGUCAUCAUCCAAUCAGGUUUCCGCUCUCCCACCUUGUUUACAAUUGAAUUCCAGUUCCUACUUAGAGUGAGACCUUCAUCUUUGUUAAAAUUCUUCUCAUCUAGUCUUAUUUCAAUGGCUUCCUUUACCAGGCAGUACCAAAAGCCAUUGCUGCGGCACAGUAGUUUUGUGCCAUCAAAGUCAAUCCUGUGGCCAUUGUGAAUGCAGUGUUCUGCUACCACCAAUUUUUUCGGGUAGCCUGAACGUCCUAUGAUCCUUGAUGUGGUUUUCCACUGUGCUUCCUUUCUGGCCAAUAUACCUUGCUCUGCAUUCGCAGGGAAUCAUGUAAAAGCCAGGCAACCUGCGACCGAGGUCUUCUUUGACCAGCAUAAGCUGUGACUUGAGCUUCCUUAUGGGUUUAUGGGUGACAUUAAUCCGGUAUUUCUUCAGGAUCCUGGUGAUCAUGCAAGUGUAUGGAAGACCAGUGGUGGCAACAGGUUCCUCCUCAUUGUUCAGUGUCCUGGUUUUUCUGUCAGCCCUUUUGUGGGCCCGAUUGAUUUCCUUCACCUUGCAGCCACUCUGUACUCCAGGCACUCCAAUUGUUCCACAACCAUCUAAACAGUAUACAUCCAAACAUCCAAUUCACAAGGGAGAUGGAGAACAAUGAUUGCCUCCCAUUCCUGGGCAUUCUAAUAUGACGGAAAUUGGUAGCCUCAGAUAUGGUGUCUAUCAGAAACCCACUUACACAGACUUGUAUCUCAAUAGUAAGAGCCACCAUCACGUCCCAAUGUAAAGCAGUUCUUUCUACUUUGAUUAACCAUGUGAAAACUAUUUCGGACUCAGAGAUCUCCCCAAGGAAACAAGAUGAUUACUCACAGCGUUCCUAUAGAAUGGCUACAAGGUGAAGGAAAUCAAUUGGGACCUAAAAGGGUUGACAGAAAAAGCAGGAAAUCUAACAAUGAGGAUGAACCCAUUGCCACAGCCCGUCUUCCCUAUAUUUUAAAAUUACCUUUGUGUUUCAGGAACAGUGAAUUUUAAAGUAUUAUAUAUAAAAAGUAUAAAGUAUAUUUUAUCUUGCAAAGGUGAUUGAUGGUUAGGGCAGAUGGUCGAUUUUCUUAGUUUACAAAUGUAGUCAUUUUAAGUGUAACACACACAAAGUGCUGGAGGAACUCAGCAGGUCGGGUGGCAAAUGGAAUUGAAUGCUGCCCAGGUGGUACCUGACAAGAUAUAUUUGAGAUACUCCCCUUUCUUGGCAUGGGUGCUCCUGCUCACUCUGAUUUUAUGAGGUGUUGCUGUGGAGUCUGCACUUGAUCAAGAAUGAUGUCGAACCAUUUUGCUGUUAGAGCUUGGGUGAACUGAAAUCGGUUUAUUGUUACAUGUACUGACAUACAGUGAAAAGCUUGUUUUGCAUACUGUACACAGACAAAUCAUUACACUGUGCAUUGAGGCACAAUAAGGUAAAACAAUAACAAAAUGCAGAAUAAAGUAUAAUAGCUACAGAGAAAGUGCCGUGCAGAUCAACAGUAAAGUGCAAGAUCAUAACUAGGUAGAUUGUGAGGUCAAUUUAUUAUAGUAGGGAACCAUUCAAUGGUCAACAGUGGGAUGAGAAACAUGUCUUGGAUGAAAUUGAAAUGUUUCCUUGGUUCUCUUUUUUUUCCAGAUAGAAGCUGAAACAACAAUUUUGGAAACACUUACAUUUGAAGUAAUUUGCUGUAAUUUGGAGUUGACUUUAUGUUAUUCAUUUUCCCUUUGUCAUACCCAGAAAAACACAGAUGAAAAGCUGAAAACAUGGAGUUUCACAACUGUUCCGUUAUCUGAUAACUCUAUUAAAAAAAGUCUCUACUUUGUACAACAUUUGGUGUACAGAGUGAAGCAUCCAUGUCAAAUAGCAGUGUACACAUGAUAAAUUGCAAAUGUGUUUAAAAAGAAUUUUUGCAAUUGUUCGCCCAAAAUAUUUUGAGUUAUGGAAUUGUCCUUUGAAACAUAAUUCCUUCCAUUUGUA